AUGAAAUUCUUAGAAGCGUUAGCAAGAUUCACAGAUGAUGACCUCCUCACUCAUUCACCUCUCCCUUCUGUUCCACUGUCUCCCUUAGGAGAGAUGGCACAAACCAAGACACAGUUUCUGUUGCUGGCCCUGCUGUUAGGGCUGUGGGUGGCUGAGGUCCCAGUCAGUGCCAAGCCCCAUGACAUGACCUCAUCUCAAUGGUUUGAAACUCAGCAUGUGCAGCCCAGCUUGGAAAGCUGCAACACUGCGAUGAGAAACAUCAACAAAUAUACAAAACGCUGCAAAAGCCUCAACACCUUCAUACAUAGCUCCUUCUCCAAUGUGGCCGCUACUUGUGAAGCACCCAAUGUAACCUGCAAGAAUGGCCGUGAAAAUUGCCACCUGAGCCAAGAACCUGCGUUCAUGACCAUGUGUGACCAUGUCUCUGGGAGGUACCCAGAUUGUAACUACAAAGAGAAAUACGUGGAUGCAUAUUUCAUUGUGGCCUGUGACCCUGCCCAGCAGACAGAUUACCAGGGGUAUGAGUUGGUUCCUGUACACUUUGACGAAGUUGUUUAA